UGUAACUAGAAUGCAACAAUAAUAGUAUACAUGAUUUUUUAAGGUUAUGAAGAUUUAAUUCUACAAUAAAUUAUAAAGUAUUUAAUUAAUUAAAUAAUAAAAAUGAAUGCCGUGCGUUUAUUGACAAAAACUUUUGCUAUCAACAGAUGUUACAGACCGUUACAAUUUGAAAGUAGAAGAUUUAUAAAACGAUUUGUUGCUCCUACACUAAUAGAAAUUACACGUAGACAAAAAAAAUUGGGUCCUCAACCAGAACCCAUUCGUAGUAAUUUUUUAGAAUGGAACAGAGGUAGUGAACUUUACUCGUUUAACGCAAGACUCAAUGAAAAAUUUGACAAGUCGUUGUUAGAACAAGCAUUUAUUCAUAGAUCUUAUGUCAUCAAAGAAGAAGAAAGUCUAAAGAAACAAGGAAUACAAGAUCCUAAACUUGACCUAACCGAUAAUAGAGAACUUAUAGAAAAUGGAAGAACGUUUGUUUCUAAAGUCAUACAAAAAUAUUUGCAUGAAACUUUACCUAAUUUACCGGACGAUGGUGUUAUGGCUAUACACAAUUAUCUUAUGAGCGAAGAAUGUUUGGCCAACGCUUCUAAACACAUUGGAACCAAAGAAUUAAUAUUAACUGUGGAACAUCCUGUUUCAAAAGAAACAUUAGCUAAUACAUUUCUAGCACUUGUAGCAGCACUCAUCGAAAGUGUAGAUGCCAAUCACGCUGCAAUAUUUGUUCGUGAUUUUUUAAUAACAAUAUUGGCGGAUAAAGAAUUACCAAGUGUAUGGAUUCCAAGUAAUCCUUUACAAGAAUUAAACGACCUUCUUUCAAAAGAAGGUAGAGGUCUUGCAGAACCAAGAAUUAUUGGUGAAGCUGGAGUUAAUACACUUUUAGCUUCAUAUCAUGUUGCUGUUUAUUCUGAUAAACAAUGUUUAGGCAUCGGAUGUGGUGUGACUGUCAACGAAGCUAAAGAAGUCGCUUUAAUUGAUGCUUUAUGCAAAAUAUAUGGAUUAGCAGAUUCUAGUAAACCAAUAAGGUUUGAUAAAGUUAUUGAAAUGGAGUAGCAAUAGAUGGUAUGAUAUUAAUUUUUGUAAAGAUAAUUUAAAAUAAUUUA